UGACCUGAGGCGAGAGUUAAUUCUUUUUUAACAAGUGUUUCUAACGAGAUGCGUUGAAGACCUUUAACUAAAUCGCCAGACAGGAUGAGGUGGAGAAUUUCUCCAAUUUUUCUGAUCAUCAUCUUUAUAUCUUUCUCAGAAGAAAUUCAGGUAUAGCAUUGUUCGCUUUCUAAAUUAUGUUCGUACGCUUUUACAAUCACUUUUAUUGUACUGAUUAAUUUUAUUCCUCCUAUGCAGGCUUCAAGCCAGUGUCCAGAUGAGAUUCCCUCCUGGCUGCAGUGCACACAUUUAAAUGUUGCCUCAGAAAGGAAUGGCGCAACAUGCACAUCAAGUUCAUACGCCAAUGCAUCAAGACAGUGUGACAAAGCAAUUGAUGGACGAGCUGACGUCGGAAACGCGCUUCUCACGUUUGCUUUCAACAGUAGUAAUUCGGCCAAUCAGUCCAUAAAGAUCCAGUUCGCACAGUAUUUUCUCAUUAACAAACUUAGAGUCAUGCAGCUGGACAGCGGUAAUACGCAGAUCAGUAACGUGCGCUUGGAAUUCUCGAAUUCCUCCUCAGUAAAGAAAACUCUCACACCUAACACUGGUGACGCAGUCAUGGAGGACAUAACGUUCACACCUCGCAGUGCAUCUUGGGUUCAAUUGGUGGUUGACCAGGCCGGUGGAUUUAAGGAGAUCGAGGUUUACUACGACCUGUGCAUGAAAGAGCGGCAGUGUGACAUCAUCAACUUGCUUCCUUCAAACGACAGUGGCCCUAUUGCACUUGUUGACAAUACUGUCAUGUUCAGCGUCAACAUGGCACUGCAAGAGUCUCUAGAGGUACGCCUCACGACCACACCCACCUCCGACGACGGGUACAUCUUCAAGAUUGGAGCCAGUAAUGUCACAUUAGUUCGUGUGCAGUCAGCUAGCGAAACGUCGCUUAAAGUGGAGAACAUCCCCGGCAUUCUUGAUGUGGGCUGGCGCACACUCUGGCUGGAUUACCGCUGUACGAGUGUAAUUCUGGGCUCAGGAAACACUGUCAUUCUAAAGUACAAUGACACCGAUAAUCAUCAGAUGAUUCACUUCAUCAAGUUUAACAGGUCAUUGAACAAUCAGACCAUUUUGCUUUGCAACAGACAAGAUCAGUGUCACAAAAACGCAACUUAUUACUGGCCAUUGGACAAGGCAGUUGGUGACGUUCUUCUUGACGUCCAAGGCAGAAGUCACGGAAAACGAAAUGAAAGUAUGACGGAAAGCAAUGUUUGGGUCAGCGGUCCAACAUGGCACUCUGUGACGUCAGCUGCAUUGAAUCUCUAUGAAUCUGGACCCGUAUCCUUAAUACAGAACUCUUCGUCAUCGUGCCUCGGGAAAAUUCUACUUUGCACUGACGGUCUCACAGUAGCUUUUUGGUUCAAGCUCCUUGACAACAGCUCUGACUCGCAGAGGCUGUUAUACGCUGCCGAGGACCAGACAGAUAUCUCAAUAACAGCCCAAUCCAACCAGAUAACCGCUGUCUUUUUUAUCUCGUCGAAUCCCUUGCUGGUUAGCUUCAACGUCACGCUGCAUCAGUGGCAUCACGUGACGUUCACGUGGGCACAAAGCGAGGACCUGGUGGCUGUGGUAGACUUUGUACAUUGGCUGAAGAGCGGCCCAUUCAUUCCAGUGACACCAGUCACUGAGGAAGUUCCAUUAACCAUUGGUCAAGCACCCACCAACAUUGCCGUCUACAUGAGCCAUGUGGUUGUGUAUGAAAUGUUUCUGACUCCAUCGCAGAUACAAAGAAUUGCAAAGUGCACUGAUCUUGUAGCAGAAACAGCUCCAGAAUCGUUUGGUGUUAUCACUGGAAUUGUCCCCGAUGAUGCCUUUACUGCUUCGUCCAGCCUCGCUGAUUCCUCUGGCCCUGAACGAGGAAGGGCUCUAGUAAAAGAAGUGGGUUCGUUUGUAGGAGCAUGGAUCCCUAGUGUACAGUCAACGUCCGAAUAUCUUCAAAUCGAUUUACUUCAAGUAAGAAACAUCAGUGCAAUCAUGACACAAGGGAGAGAUGAAGAAUGUGGCUGCUCUGAGUGGGUCACAAAGUACACACUCUCUUAUAGUCUGUGUGGCAGCUUCUGGUCCGACUAUAAAGCCAAUGGUAGCAUCAAGCACUUCACUGGUAAUCACGAUGGCGAAAACAUAGUGUCUAACUCAGUGUGUCCAGACCUGACGGCGCGAGUGCUGCGGUUUCAUCCUACCCAAUGGAAUACUUCAAUCGCUAUGAGAAUCGAUGUAAUUGCAAGCAGAAACGCUGUGAACUACUUGGGUUGCUUCUCUUCUCCCAAUGACAUGAUCUUAUCUAGCGACUUCGCUGCAGCAGAACAGACUCCAGAGAGCUGUGUAACAGUUUGCGGCAAACUCAAUAUGACGUACGCUGGUAUCACAUUAGGCUCUCAUUGCUACUGCUCCAACACCACACCCGAGGUCAGUAAGAAGACAAGCGAUGCUGCCUGCUACUAUCCAUGUGAAGGUCACAAAGCGCUCAAGUGCGGAAGCCACUUAUAUUUCAGCGUUUAUCAAGCCGUUGGAGAAUUUAAUUUUCCCUUCGCUGUGUCCGUCGCCAAUGCUUCCGAGGCUUUUACGACGCUCCAAAUUGCUACGGCGCCGACUUACGACGGCGCUGAAGUGAUCUUUAACUUUGGGGAUGGAACAGUGAUUAAGACUAAGAAUUCAACUUAUCACUACAUGUUUACCAGUCCAGGAACACACGAGGUCUAUGCAGAAAUAACCGUUGGCCAUUACGGACAAUGUCAAACUGUCUUCAACAUGAAAACUAUUGAUGCGUAUAUUCCAGUUAGCGAUAUGCACUUUAUUUGUCCAAGAGUCGUCGAGGCGUUUUCGGACUUUGAAUGCACUCUGCAAGUUACAACUGGAUCAAAUAUGUACUUACGAUUUAUCACACCUCUCGGCGAUAUCAUCAAUGGAACAAUGGAAGACACGACUCCGCUAAUGGUCGGUUUCAGAACACCACUUUCUUCAAGUCAGGCUAAAACAAAUUUAUCUGACUCAAACACAACCAUUAUCUUACCAAGUUAUUACUUUGGAAAGUAUGGAUAUCUGAGGGCACUGAAGUCCAACACCACUCGUGCUGGAUACAUUAAAUUCCAGAUUCUUCGUCAAGUUUGUCUUCUACCCUGGAUAAAGACCUAUUGUUUCAGAAAUGGUAGCUGUACAACCAACCUCCCAACAUGCUCUCUUGCCGAUCUUAGCUACAGUUGCGGGGCAAAUAAAGACGUCUUCUGUCGAAGCAUCGACUGUCAAUUAGGGCUGCUGCUAUGCCCGGGAGGCGUCUUUAAUUCAACAUUGGGGACGAAGUAUGAAGUGGUCCAUAGUUCCAUGUUCUACUUGCCUGAGGGUUUUCACAUCACUGCCAUUAGCCAGCCUGGGUUUCACGUGCAGCCAGCGGAUAUCGUAGCUAUUGGCACGGUGGAGAAAAUCGGUGCCCAGAUUAUCUCCUCUAGUUCAGAGGGAAAUGCUUUUGUUUUCAACAGCGGACACCUUGAUGUUGGAGACAUUUUGCUGGGAGAUGGAAAUGCAGCCCUUCAGGAAAUUCAGCACCGGUUCGAUCUGGUAGUGAUCUAUCUUCCUCCAGCUACAAUGGCGGUUUCUUUGGGGAACUUUCCUGUCGGGAACUGGAAUCAAACAGGGACUAUUAAAACAGAGGUCACUCAUUUUAUCAUUACAGCUUCUGUUAGUUUUAAAAAUGUUACCUGGAUAGUACCCCACUUUGUCCCUACGAAUGAGUCUUUCAACAUCACCACACUCCCGCAUCCCGGGCAUAAUGUCACGUAUAGAAUCCGUAUUGCAAACGAGAACACCUCCUUCACUAAAUACAACCAGAGCGAGUGGGAAUUCUUUUACACCUGGACCAACAUCUCUAAUCAAAGUCUACCGAUGUUGCUUAAUAGAAAAGGUCAGUUCACCGUAGUUUUGACAGCUUUCAAUCUUCUUUCGUCAUCGAUGCGCAAGUGUCAACUGGUCGUUAUGGAUCCUAUAAAAGAUCUUUACUUCUUUAACGUGACUGCAACAACGCUGGGAAAUGACACGGAGAUUAGCUGGAUUGUCGAGAGAGGAACAAAUGUCACUUACAACAUAUCAUUUGGGGAUGGCAAGUACACCGAUGGCUCGUUUUCAACUCUGGCGAUUUUUGUCGGUUCCUACUUACACAGGUACGCUGACGAAGGCACCUAUAACGUGACCCUAACAGCGUACAACUCAUUAUCCAUAAGGACCGUCACUGGCGUUGCAGAAGUUGUAGCGCCCAUAGUGAAUCUCACCUGUAAAGUCAUCCACGCUGCUCGAGAUAUCGAAGUGAACGAAACCAUUCAACUGAACGCAACCUAUCCACAGGGAAGUAACGCGAAGGCCUUUGUUGAAUUCGCUGACAAUUCGUCAUUUAUUGGUUCACCAAUUCGAACUGCACUCUGCACUAAUUGCAGUCUCAUGUUCUCGUUUCUCGUGUCACACAGUUACUCCACGCACGGUCUAUACCGUGCAAACAUGAAAUUCGUUAACGCUGUCAGCAAGAGAAACUGCACGCCACACAUAUUAGUCCACAAGCCUGUUUAUCCACUGACUGGUUUUCACAUAACAUGUCCUCCAACCACCCUUAUGUCGUCAACGGUCUGCAUGAUGAACAUAACCGGGGGCAACGAUUUUUGGUGCGAUUGGGACUUCGGCACUGAUGGUCAAAAGAACCAAAACCAUUACUGGAACUUAACCGUGCCAGUGGAGAACACAUAUUCGGCAGUUGGAAAUUACACAGUGUUUGCUAAUUGCAGCAAUCGCUUGUACAACACAAGUACUAUAGGAGAAGCUAUUGUACAAGAAGAAAUUACAGGUUUUCUUGUGUCCUGCCCAGAUGGCCAAUCGGUCGAUGAAGAUUUUGACGUUACUGUUGCCUUCACAUCUGGUACAAGUAUGCACAUUGAGAUCACGCUACAAAAUGUGUUUGCUGAUGCCUUCGCCCUCCAGCUAACCAUCGAUACGGAUGUUAAGUAUCACACUUUUCCCAUAAGUCGGCAGAAUUUCUCAGAUGUUGGCGUCUACCUUUUGACGAUUAAAGUUGUAAAUUUAGUGACACCGCUUCAGAUAUUUACCCGUGAGAUAAAGGUCGAUAAGGUACUCACCAACCUUCGUCUGGUCAACAACGACAGUUACAUCCCUGUCAACCAAACCACGGAAAGCUGGAUCUCGAUCGAUAGCGGAACUAAUGUAACUGUGCAUUGGGACUUCAACGAUGGAAAUAGAUCAAAGUCCCUGUUUUCUGGCGAUUCCUUGGUCCGCGAGGGUGACUAUUUGAACCACACAUACACUGACCAUGGCAUGUACUUACUUAUCGUCACAGCUUCAAACGCCGUCAGCACACUGACAGUCACCAAAUAUUUACACGUGCAGUAUGUGGUAAAAGACAUUGAAAUCAUGUCUAACAGUCCACAGGAAAUUCCACCAGGUAACGUUACGUUUACAUUGUCCGUAAAAUCGGGCACUCACCCGCCUACAAACGCUACUAUUGACAUGGACUUUGGCAACGGUGAGACAAGGAGGAACAUACCUCUCAACGGGGCACGGGCUAUAAAUAUCUCCUCCAGCUCCUACACAACCCCUGGGAUUUUCAAAGUCAACAUGACAAUGAAGAAUGACAUCAGUUCGGUAAAUCUUGCAGACUGGGUAGACGUUCAACAAAGAAUAAAAGACCUGCACAUUAUAAGUAAACAUACGGGUGGAGCUGCUGGAUACGGCGCCCCGGGGAGGGGACCAAACAAAACAGAGUUUCCCGUGGAAUACGAAGUUUUGUUUGUGGCUGGCACUUCCAGUGGCACAGCCGUCAGUUAUACGUGGGAUUUUGGAGAUAAAACGCCGCCCAUUGAAACGAAGUCCACCAGUGCUUUACAUCGUUUUUCCCACACACACAUUUUCAACAUCACUCUAGGGGCGAGUAAUUCCAUCAGUAGGAUGAAAGUGAGUGGUGUGGUGAGGAUGAUGCAGAGUAUAUUGAACGUCUCGUUUGAAAACGACAGUCCAACAGUGUUUGAGGACAACACUACAUUUACCAUUAUAAUCGGCCAGCGAGGCACUGACUCUUGUUUCCUUGUUGACUUGGGAAAUAACACAAGGACUCUGUACAAAGGAUUCGAUAAUGUGAGUUGUGAUAACGAGCUCGAGAUAGCAAACGAUACCAAAGUUUUACCUACGCUUAACUUCACCAUCCUGUUUCAGUACUGGAAGAAAACGAGAUAUGCUGUCAAUCUUACAGCUAUGAAUUCCGUGUCCAACGUCACUAUUCGUCGCUGGGUGAUUAUCCUUCCCCUUCCUUGCAAAUUCCCAGUUGUACGAAUACCCGAUGCUGGACGUACGCUGGAAACUCGCACGAAAUACUUCCGAGCCGAGUACAUAUCGAUCAAAUCGCGAUGUACCAUUGACUGUCUGGCGUCGAGAGAGACAACAUUUCAGUGGAAUCUCAUCAAGAUCUCUUCUGGAGAUGACAAUGGCACCAUCCUCGAAACUGGUGGUUUUGAUAAGACUCUGUCAGUGUUGAUUAUCCCACGGCAAACGUUGCCGUACGGAACGUUCAAGGUUAUUCUCAAUGUGAGUAUGGUUGGACUGCCUCUUGUUCACACUAUUUUUGACUCUUACCUGGAAAUCAUGCAGUCACCUCUAGUUGCGGCGAUCAUCGGGGGUAACAGGUGGAUUCAGUCAGUGUAUGACAAAGUAAUAAUCGAUGCGUCCCCUUCUCACGAUCCUGAUUACGGAAUAGAAGACAAACAGGGUCUUAAGUACAUUUGGUACUGCAAAACAGCAAAUGAAUCGGACUAUGAAUUUCCCUCUGUCCCGGAUGAAUAUCCAGAUAGGACCAAGGCUUUUGGAGGUGCUGGUUGCCUGAGAAAUGGAACCAGACGCUUGAUGGUUAAUACGGAGGUGCUCGAAAUAGAACCAAACUUUUUGUGGGCAAGCACUAGUUACAUAUUUAAAUUAUUCAUCACCAAGGAUUCAAGAGAACCCGUGGCUCUUCCUGUUCGCGUCGACCUGACAUUUGAUGAUGUACCUACCAUGGUUAUAAAGCGACCGUACGUACAACUCCCAGGAGCGGAGAACCCGUUUGCUAAGUUAUCGCUAGAAGCCCAAUGCAGGAACUGCACUUUGGAGAUGAUCAAUACCAUGACAAUCUCCUGGAGUUUGAGGGAAGUAGUUGGCGGAGUCACAAAUAAAAGUCCGCAAAAUGUAGUGAAAAACGAGACCUACGAUGACUCACACUGGAUUCCAGAACCAGAUUUCCGAUCUAUGACGCGGGCAGGCAUCAACUCUGAGUUUCUCAUACUGAGAGCGAACAGCCUCAAAAAUGGAACUGCAUAUGCCGUCAAAGUAGAGGGACGAUUUGGUAAUGGAACGUUUGGUUCUGCUGAGUAUAUCUUCAACACAUCCCUCCCCCCCACGGGUCCAGAGUGUCGUGUAAUUAAAGGAGCUGGCAGCGGUCAUGAAGCACAGAAUACCUUGGUGUGUAACGGCUGGACAAGCAGCUCAGGCUCAACAGCUUUAAUGUACGACUACUUCUACAAAACUGCGCCCAAUGGCACUGAAUACCUGAUUCAGACCACCAGACACGCUAGGGUCGACAACAUUCGGUUGCCGCCUGGCCUGGAGGAAUAUAAUUACACGCUUUACAUGAAGGCAGUGAUCUCGGACAAGAUGGGGAGUAGAUCAGAAGUCACGUUUGAGCAUCAGAGCUUACCAAGUCACCAAAACGACUCUACUAUUAUAGCACAACUGUUGGAGGAAUUGUCCAUUAAUGGCACGUUGCGAACCCUGGAGAUGGAAAGUUAUUCACAAUUUACCAACCAGUACAUACUAUCCGUGUCGUUGCUGUUAAAUGCCAUGUCUAAACGUGCGGCCAACAUAACAGGAUUUAAAGAUGCGUCCAAAACGAUCCGCACAAGGAUGAGCGAUACAUUGGCGAAUAUGACAAUGGAUGAUGUGAAGACCGUAAGAGAGACUGCUAAUUCUGUUGCCAAGCUGGCUGCUAUUCCUGACGAGUGUACGGUGGAAGUUCAGUUGCAGCUCAACAAGACAUUGGGCAAUAUGGUGACCUUAAUCGAAGAACUGUCUAACAUCUCUGACUCCACGGGCCUCUGGGAGACACUGAACACUGUAUCUGAAGCAAUGGGUUCAACGCUAAGAGUCGUGACUCAUUUGGUCGGCGACGAAAACCUUGGAAACGUCACUAACAGUUCAAUGACAACUGAUAAUUACACUGCGCGGGGUAAAGUUUUGAUUGAAAACAUCAAUGAAUAUGUCAAAAAGCUGUCAGACGCGUUCUUGUAUCACACCCUUCCAAAAGAAGAACCCAUUCAAGUGCGUUCCCUGUCACUCUACUUCACGCUGAGCAAGGACUAUCCCGCGGGUCUGGCGAGACGUAACCUGCAUUGUGGUGAUGGAGGUGUUCGUUUACCUGACAACUUGGGGGACCUACAUAUGCUGAAACAAGGGAAUAAGACCGCUUUGAUCGUGCUUGAUGCUUUGGUCGCAUCAACACCUUUCGUGCCAUUCGUGUGGAGCCAAAGUGCCAGUCGAGUCAAUAGUUACUUGCUUUCAGUAGAAAUACGGAACGCUUCCACUCAGGAGGAGUUGGAAAUUGCAAACCUCACCAAACCAUUGGCCUUGUGGAUAAGGAAAGGCAGUGACACCCUAAAACGGACGAAAGGAGAAGUACAAUACACGAAAACUCUCGAACACAUCUUUGAAGUGAAGGACAACCGAAGCUCUAUUAACAUCGAGAUAGAUGUGUUGGGAGUGAUCACAGAACACCCAUUACUUGUUGUGUAUUUAAGGAAAGAAGAACCCACCAUGGACGGCGACGACAGGCAAAAAGUACGUGUUAUUCCACCGCUGCUUCAUAGAAACAAUGAGAGCAGCGGGCAGAACUCUAGCACCAAUACCACGGAUGAACAUUUUACAAAUCCCAUGGUGUUGUUCUUUAGCAACAAGGAGUUCAACGGGACCGCCGCUGGGAAAUAUUUUGUUACCAUAGAGUACAAUGGAACAGUUAGCGGUGCUGAAGUCCACAAAGAAAGCACGACUGUGGAGUACUUGCUCUCUGUAUACACCUCUGAGUGUUUAUACUGGAACGAGCAGAGUGAGGCAUGGGUUGAAGAUGGUUGUGUGGUGGGACCGCUGUCCAACUCAACGCACACUCAAUGCCUGUGUACUCAUAUGUCGUCAUUCGCGAGCAGCUUCUUUACUCCUCCAAACACGAUUGACUUUAGUAAAGUGAAUCCGACAGAACUGUUUAACAAUCCUACUGUCACCAUCAUCGUCUGCGCUAUCUUUCUCCUGUAUUUUCUACUGCUGGUAUGGGCCCGACGUACAGACAAGAGAGAUUUUCAGUUGGCGGGAGUUACUCCUCUGCCGUCCAAUGAUCCAAGAGACCUGUUUGGUUACGAGAUCACGGUUUUUACAGGCUUUGACAGUCAUGCGGGAACGACAGCCGAUGUCUCCAUCGUGUUGACGGGCAGACUUGAACAAACGCAGUCACGUCAUCUGCGGGACGUUGAGACAACGCGUAGAAAAUUCCAAACAGGAAACAUAGAUUACUUUCUUUUAACCGUUCCGCGCCCACUUGGAACAAUUCAGAGCGUAAGAAUCUGGCAUAACAACGCCGGUUCCAACCCGUCGUGGUUUCUUGCACGCGUGCUCGUUCGUGAUCUACAAAAAGACAAGACGGUGUGGUUUGUCUGUGAUCGGUGGCUUGCCGUGGAGGAAGAUGAUGGGCAGAUCGAUCGAACGCUUUACCCCUCUUCCAAAAAGGAAUUGUCCAAGUUCAACUUCCUCUUCAGCACUGAGGUGCGCAAGAAUCUCAGUGAUGGACACUUGUGGUAUUCUGUGCUGCAUUGCCCUCUAAGAAGCUCGUUUACACGCGUUCAACGUCUGUCCUGCUGUUUGUCGAUACUCAUGUGCAGCAUGCUGGCGAACGCCAUGUUCUAUAAGGACGGAGGAGAUGGUGAAUCUGAUUCCGGAGUUGAAGUCAAGAUUGGACCUAUCAGACUCUCCACAAAGCAGAUCGGGAUUGGGAUCAUGUCAAGCCUGGUGGUCCUCCCUGUCAACUUGCUCAUUAUAAACAUCUUCCGGAAAGCCCGUGAUAAAGAUGUGCCUGGGUCAGAAAUGUCCCCGAGUGAGGGACGACAGAAAGCCUAUAAUUACUACGAGUAUGACGACGACAGUGAUAAAGAUGACGAUGAAGAAAAAGAGGGAGAGAAGACAGAUGAACAGAAGAACAAGAACGGGAAAGACGAAAGGAAAGCAUUCACUCUUCCUCAGUUUACAAUCUACAUUGCUUAUGUACUGAUUUUCCUGGCAUCCACAACUUCUGCAGCAUUUACGAUCUUCUACUCACUGACAUUCGGUGAAGCGAAGUCACAGAGAUGGGUGUCAAGUAUGAUGAUCUCCUUCUGGCAAGACGUCAUUAUAUCUCAGCCACUCAAGGUCAUGAUCUUUGCCGUACUCUUUGCCCUCAUCGUCAAAGACCCGGACAAGGUCCUCGAAGACGACGGAAAACAAACCACAGAGCUCAGAAAGGACGAGGAAUGGAUUCACGAUCCUUACGGCGACCAUCGGGAUGGUUUCGAUUUUAAAACAUCUGGCGAGAUUCCCAGACCUCCAGGCGAAGAGCAGCUGCAUCUCGCCAGGCAACGACGCCAGAAGCAGAAGCAGAUGAAGGCCAUACUCAAAGAGAUGUUCCUAUAUCUUGCAUUUAUUGUUGUUAUGUGUGUUGUGGCGUACGGAAGUCGAGAUAACCAAGCUUACGCUGUUACCAAAACACUCAAGGAUCUCUUUAGCGAAAGCAAGUACACUUCACUGCUUCCCUUUGACACGAGUAGAGAAGCAUCAAAGUUCUGGCACUGGAUUGAGGAUUCAUUUGUCCCCACCCUACAGCCCCAAUACUGGUAUGGCCCGUUCAUUGACUCGCAUGAGGAAGAUUUGUGGUCAGAGUACAUGGUACAAAAGAAAAGUCAAUCUGGAGGGGGACGUAAAUUAAAAGCUAAAAAGAAAGGUGGUGGCUCGUACUUAAAUGAUGUUGUUGUGUCCUUUGACUCACUGGAGCGUUUCCCCGAGGGUUUCAUCGCGGACCGAGGAAUGUUUUAUGUCGUCGGUUUGGCUCGGUUACGUCAGUUGAGAAUGAAAAAAGGAUCCUGUACAGUUCCUAGAUAUCUGGUUGACCUGAUGCCAACAUGCACCACCUAUUACUCGUGGGAAGACGAGGAAGAAGGCGCUUUUCGCCCUGGCUGGGCUCCAAUGGAGGUCAGUGACGCUGAAAAACUCCCGGAUAACCCUUGGAUUUGGCAAAGCGCAUUGAGAUUAAAUGGAACGCCUUUCUGGGGAAAAUUCGCUUCUUAUUGGGGAGGGGGUUUUGUAUACAAUCUUGACUCCGAACGGUUAACUUCAAUGAAGAAAAUACAAGAUCUGCAAAUCUACGGAUGGAUCGACCGGCACACUCGCGCCAUUUUUUCAGAGUUCACGGUCUACAACGCGCAAACCAAUUUCUUUGGUGUGGUGAGUAUGCUGACAGAAAUCCUCCCCACUGGGGGAUACCACCACUAUCCCAAGGUAAAUACCAUCCGGUUAUACCGCUACACCGGACCGGAUCAACUAGUAGUGAUGGCAUUCGAGUUUGUGUUCUUCGCUUUCCUCUGCGUGUACAUUUACAGCGAGGCAAAGCAGCUGUUUGUUUUGGGCAAGAAGUACUUCGCAGACCCUUGGAACUACAUCGAGAUUCUUGUCAUUUGCUCUUCCUUCUCUGCCAUUUUCUUGUACCUUGCGGAGUUGGGCUUUACCAGGCUUGCUAUCAGACGGAUGCGAGCAAAUCCCGAGGCCUUCAUUAGCUUUGAUUACAUAAUAUUUCUUGAUGAGGCGUACCUGGGCACUUUAGGCUUUGCCGUUUUUUGUGCCUUCCUCAAGUUUCUCAAGCUUCUUCGCUUCAAUCGGCGAAUGUCUAUGUUGGUUCAGACGGUCAAAGUCAGCAGCGGGCCACUGUUUUCGUUUUUCUUUAUGUUUCUGCUGUUCUUCACGGCGUAUACCCAGACGGCGUUCCUUAUAUUUGGUCCAGUUAACGAGGAUUACUCUUCUUUUGUCGUGGCAGCAGAAACCAUGCUCUCAAUGACUCUAGGAGGGUUUGACUUCAUAGGGCUGCAGGACGCCAACAGACUCGUGGGACCUAUCUUUUUCAUCUCCUAUAUGGUCUUCAUUUUCCUCGUCCUCGUGAACGUAUUCGUGUCCAUUGUGAACGACGCGUUUGCUGAGGUGGGCAGCGAUGUUGCCAAACAGACCAACGAGCAUGAGGUUGUUGACUACAUUGUGUAUUGCGUCAAGGAACAGAUAGGUAGUUAUGUCAGCCCGCCGUUCAAGCCGCUGUACAAACCGAGUCUGACGGACUUUGAAAGGGCAGUUGCAGACAUAGAGGACCGCGCCGAGAAUAUUGUAUUUGCCGUCGACAAUUUGAGCCUGGAGGAGCAGCGCCGGGCAAACUGGUUCAAGGUUGAAAAGAUGAACGAGAAGAAAGAGAUGCUAAUCCGCUUACUGCUGCUUUCAAACGAAGAUUUUGAUGAGGAUGACUUUGCCAACGCAAUCCCGCUUAUGGCGAAAUUCUUGUCUGAGCAUACCCAAGAGGAGCUGAAACACACUCUCCAGAAGAAAAGUGAACGAAGGUUGUCUCAGUCCGAUUCGAGUUCCCUCUUUUCAGAAGACAGCUUCGACGAA